AUGGCGAGCAAUAAUCAGUUGAUUUUUGAACUUAAAGCGAGGCACAGCGCAAUGCGAUUACUUCAUAUUUGCCUAAUAGGUAACGUGCUUAGUUCCCUUGCUUGGGGAGUCCCUAUCGGAAAGGAUGAUCUCAACCAGGACACCCCCUAUAUGAAGGAACUCCUGCGACAGGCCAAGGUUGCCGAAAUUGAGAGCUUCAUGGACCAACAGGCCGAUCCGUGCAGCGAUUUCUAUUCUUUUUCCUGUGGCAACUUUGCCAAAAUUAACUCAGCUUUAAAAUUGGAUGUAUCGGCGGUUGGCUUAUUCGAGACUAUGACCAAUGGCUUUGAUCGCAAGAUCCUAAAGAUGCUCAACACGACCCAUGAUAACCACGACACUUUGGAGGAUAUUCAGGUGAAGCACUUCUUCAAGUCCUGCCUUCGGCUGAAGGAACUCAACUCCACGUACACCGCAAAGAUGAAGCGACUUAUUGCGGAGUUCGGAACGAUGCCUGUGCUGGAAGGAUCGUCCUGGAAGGAGGAGGAUUUCGACUGGCUGGGAACUACCGCUCGCAUAUCCCACCGUUAUGGAAUUACGCCCAUUUUCGGUGUGGAAGUAACAUCGGACCAGGCCGACAACCAGAGAAACGUGAUCUACUUGGGAGAACAAGAAUUCUACCUGGAGUCUCGGUCUAUGUACAUGGACAACUCAACGCUCAACUACCGUGAGAAGUAUCGUACUAAGAUUGAGGGCGUUCUAAAGGAUUUCUUGGGCCUGAAAGUGGAACUGGCGAAGCAGACAGCCAAGGAGCUGCUCGAUUUCGAGGUGGACCUGGCCCAAGGAAUAGAGGAUACUACCCAAGUCUAUAGCCUGGGUGAAUUGACGGAGCUUCUGACAGUCGCUGAAGUGCACAAGCGUUAUGAACCCAUCUUGGAUAUCGAGCGAUUAGUUUCUAUCAGCAUGGGAGAGACGAUUACCGAACAGAUCUACGAAUACAACAAACGCUAUCAGCAAAAUUUGGUGGAAGUCAUCAAGCGGACUCCUAAACGCAUUAUUGCUAAUUAUAUCUUCUUCCGCCUCAUCUGGGAAUUUGUAGAGUCGCCUUCCGACAAGCCGAAGAAACAGAAGCAGGACUGUGUGCAUCUCACCAAGAAGUUCUUUGUCAAUAAUGUGGACAACAUGUUCUAUCGUCGCUACAACAACGAGAACUCCUCCAGAGAAAUCGACAAGAUGUGGCGUCAACUGAAGGAAACCUUUAAUGAGACCCUGCACUCAAGUUCAACUCUGGAUUGGAUUGAGCCACCCACUCGGAAACUGGCCAUUGCCAAGCUGGAGACCAUGACCCUGCAGAUUAAUAACUACGUCUGGGAGAACUUUACCGAGGAGUUCGAGGGUCUCAAUCUACAGAGCUCCGACCUCGUGGAUAACAUGCUACAGAUUCAGUUGCUGAGGACCAGGCAAACGCGAGAGAAGCUUCACAAGCAGUCCAAACCACUGGAGAUUGACGAAAUGCUCAGUUUCACACCGGCCUACCUGCAGUCUGAAAACGCCAUCAAGAUGCCGGUGGCGAUGCUCCAACCCUUCUACAUGUGGUCCGAUGUCUACCCCACUGCCGUUUUGUUUGGUACUUUAGCACCGAUUAUCGGACACGAGUUAAUUCAUGGGUUCGAUGAGGGCGGUAAGUCCUACGAUGCCCAGGGAAACUACAAUGAUUGGUGGGACGAAGAAUCCAACAGCAAUUUCGUGAAGGGACGAGAGUGUUUCACGAAGCAGUAUGGAAGGUAUAAAUACGAUGGGAUUCAGCUGAAGGAAUCCACUGCGCAGUCCGAGAAUAUUGCUGAUAAUGGGGGAAUGCGGGUGGCCUUCACUGCUUACCGGAAGUGGUACGAGUCCCAAGGGACCAAGGAUCUAACAAAGGAAACCCUGCCCAAGCUGCCAUACACCGGCAAACAGCUGUUCUUCAUCAGCUUUGCGCAGACCUUGUGUAACGACAUUGAUCCGAAGCUCAAGGUCAAGCAGCUAUCCAUCGAUACGCACAUGCCGGAUAAACUUCGCCUUAUUGGAACUCUAUCGAACUAUGAUGAGUUCUCCAAGGAGUUUAACUGUCCCGCUGGAUCCCCCAUGAAUCCCAAUGAGAAGUGCGUACUCUACUGAAUCUUAUGUCAACCGUUUGAAGUCUAAGAA